ACCGUCGGUCUCCAAAGGUCGCUUCAAGGUUAUCCAGAACGGUGGACGACUACACAACAAGUAAGUAUCUAUUCGCAAGCAUGGAACAUUUCCCUUCAUUCGAGUUCUGCACUCGACAGCAGGUGAAAAUUUGGUCCAAUGGAUCGCACAGGAUGUCAUCAGCGGAGCACUUGGAAACAUCAACUCGAUCAAGCAUCUCUCUCCGUCAAACAAGCUGUCCGCCAGUUCAUCGCAACCGAGGAGAUAUCCAACACUUGUAUCGGCUUAGUAGAGGAGCGCUAUAGAGAUACCACCGUCUGGCCCGGCCUCCUUGUCUUGCGUGGACUACUGGCCUGUGGUAUUUUGGUGUACGCCCUCAAAGAACGUCGCUGGCGAGUGGACUAUGGCCUCGCCCCAAAACGAACGAUGUUAGCCGUUCCAUUCCGUGCUAAAGACAUGCCCUCGCUGCGGGCAGAGUUUGGUCAUCCGGACAUUGCUGUCACCCUCACGUGCUUGUCAUACUACUAUGCGGGCCUCACGCUCCAGCAGCUGAUGUUGUGCUUCGAGCUUCUGCUGAAGCAGGAUAAUCCCGCCUCGAGUAUGAAUCCUGGUUGCUUGGACUUCAGUCCGUCCCAGAAAGUCUACGCCACCUUAGCGGUAUCAAUACAGAAUCCGCGGAGCAGCUCCGUGACCUCCAGCAACUGUUCGCAUCCAACAAGGGCAGUCAUAGAUUUCUACCUGUCUCGAGUAGUUUUUCCCAAGGAAGCCAAGGGAUUCCCCAACAAGCUCACCUGCUCCGGUGUGGGAUCUCGCUCAAGAGAAGAGACAUCUCACAACCGGCUUUUCUGGUACAAACGACAAUCGCUAUCUGCUACCAAGCUCAAUGGUGCAGCAUGACCUCGAUUACCAACGCAGCACGAACGCUCGAGUCCUAGCAUUUCUUCUUCGCCCAGAAAACGACUGCUACAGAUGCAUACCGCCCGGCCAAAAGGUGGAAACAUUUCAUCGAUGCCCUGGUCGCACAAACUCCCGAGGUUCGCGUGCUCCUGGAUGUAGGUGCGCAGAUGCUGGAAUUGAAGAAUCAGGAGUUGGCAGAAGCAUGGCUUCGAGCCAAGCGCGACGCCCAAGCU